UAAUGUCGAAACUAAUAAAGGGAUUGAAGAAACGAUGGGUUUAAGUAGUGUAAAAGAUAGUCGAGCAACCGAAGAACAACAAACUAAAAGAUGGUUGGAAGCAAUCGGAAGAACAGAUGAAUAUAUUUCCGACCCUACUCUUUACUAUACUAAUUCGAUUGUUCAUAAUAAUAAUGAAAACCCCAUCACUUACCCUUUAAAUAUUACUUUCUCUAAAUUAGGAGGCAAUAUGGCUGCUUGUUUUGCUCGGGGAGUUAGUUUUUAUGAAGAAAAAGAGAAAGAUUUCCCUGACCCUAAUUUAGGG